AUGACGGAAAACCGUGCCUUCAAACGUUUAGUCGAAGUUGGUCGAGUGGUCUUUAUCGACUCUGGCGAAGACGCUGGAAAGCUCGCCGUCAUCGUUGAAAUAAUUGACCACAACAGGGCACUUAUCGAUGGUCCAUCCACUGGUGUAGCCCGACAAGCUCAUGCUUUCCGUGAUAUGACACUCACAGAUCUAGUAGUCAGAGGUUUCCCUAGGGGAGCUGGCUCCAAAGUAAUCAAGAAAUAUUUUGAUAAAGAAGAUAUUUUGAUUAAAUGGAAUAAAUCAACAUGGGCCAAGAAAUUAGAUAAUCGUACAAGGAGAGCUGCAUUGACUGACUUUGACAGAUUUAAAUUAUUAAAGUUGAAGAAACAACGACGUUUUAUUGUACAAUCAGAAAUUGCCACCUUAAGAAAGAAUAAAUAA